GUUAUACAGCUCACAACUUAAACCUUUCUUAAAAUCCAAAAUUUAUAAAACCCUAGUAGCUAAACCUAUGUCUCUUCCUUCUUCUUCUUUCUCCGAACAUUGUCUUUCUCAUAAAACCAUGUUUAUCACUCUUUAUAUUGUUUUCCUCUUGUGUUUUGGUUCCUACAACGCCACAGCAAGGGUCGGACCUGUUAAGGUUUCUGAGACAGAAAUAGUUCAAACAGGAUCAAGAUCAUCAAGACAAGAGAUCAUUGGGGGUUUUGGAUUCAAAGGUCGUGUGGUCCAUUUAUUUUCUAAAAGGGUACUUGUACCACCUUCGGGACCUUCCAAGAGGCACAAUUCUGUGGUGAAUAAUCUCAGACACUAACUGGUUUUUUCUUUCUUUUGGUUUAAUUUCAAUCUCUUCGACUUUUUUUGACGAUCAUGAAACUGUAUUUAGAAGAUUCUUGAAGCUGUAUUUGAUGGAUUUUUCUUUUUUUUUAUAACUUUUAUUUAUUUUUCCUUUAUAUAUACAUAUAUUGAGUUCAUACACAUUUGUAAUUUCUCGGUUGGAAAGUUAUACGUAUCGUUUUUUUUUUU